AUGUCGAAUUUGAACAGGCGAGUAAAGCUGAAUGUUGGCGGUCAGAUUUUCGAAACAACUGUUGGCACUCUGACUCGUGUAAACGGUUCACUGCUUGCAAAGCUUGUCGAAAAUAUUAGCGAAAAUGACGACGAAUCGAUUUUCAUCGAUCACGAUCCACGAUAUUUCUCUUCUGUAUUGAAUUUCCUUCGUGAUGGUCGGAUUCCCCUCCCAGACGAUAUAAAGGAGAUAGAUGAAUUGCGAAGGGAAGCACAGUACUUCAACCUAAAAUCGAUGACUGAUUUUAUCGAUUGCGAGGAACAGCGUGGACCACCAUUUUUUCGAGGAGACAAAGUCGUCUGGAAAGAUCACAAUUUCCACCGAGCAUUGUCAAAGUGUGGGUGGCAUUUUGAUGGUACGACCGAAGACUCCAAGGAACCACUAUGCUUCAUUCCAAGAACUAUCUCUGACGUCGAAGUAGGCCACCAUUUUCUGCGAGAUCUUGAAUCUCACGACGACAAGGAGAAUUAUUAUACCUGGAACAAGGAAGUAUAUAUCACUAAAAUUGUGACAGAUAUACACGAUAAUCUCCAGGGCAAAGAAGUCAAAGCAAUUUACUCAAAUAGUGAAGAGUGA